UGAAACCAGGCCUCAGUUUAUCUGUGUCAGACAGCAUGACCCCAAUCAGUACAAAGUACAAGGUCACUGGAUAAAUACUCUGUUUUGCCACGUACAGUGCUUCUGUCACUGGUUAAUAACAUUGCUUCGUAUUACCUUUGUUGAAUGGUGGAUCGUAGAUAGCAGAGGAAAGUUGUGUUUUGAAAGUCUGAUGUGUGGACUGUUGAAAUGGCAGAACGACUUCAAACAGUGAUUGGCCAUUUGACUGGUUCUCGGACAAUUCAGUUUGAGCCUGUGUCCCAGCUUCAGACUGUGGGGGGCGGGGGGCUUGAGCUGACGUACAGCAACCCCCGUCUCACACCAGAACAGCGACAGUUCUACGAGGAGAAUGGAUACCUGGUCAUCAAGAAGCUGGUGGCACAGAAGGACUUGGACAGAUAUAGGGAGAGAUUUGCGAAGAUUUGCAAGAAGGAGGUGCAGGUUCCACGCCUUAUAAUCAUGAGAGAUGUCAGCAUCGCGAAGUCUGAGUUUGUGCCUGGAGAAAAGGCCAUCACAAAGAUACAGGAUUUUAUGUACGAUGAUGUCCUCUUCGACUACUGCUGCCUGCCUCAAGUCGUGGACUACGUGGAGUGUUUCACCGGCGGGAAUGUCAUGGCCAUGCACACGAUGCUGAUUAACAAGCCACCAGACCCAGGCAAAAAGUCGUCGCGGCACCCCAUGCACCAGGACUUGUACUACUUCCCCUUCAGACCCGCCAAGAGAAUCGUGUGUUCCUGGACAGCCAUGGAGACAGUGAACAGACAAAAUGGCUGCCUUGUAGUUCUGCCCGGCAGCCACAAGGGGGAGCUGCUGGAACAUGGCUACCCUGAGUGGGAGGGAGGUGUGAACAAGAUGUACCACGGGAUCAAGAACUACGACCCCAGCUAUCCCCGGGUACACCUGGAGAUGGAGGCAGGGGACACAGUCUUCUUCCACCCCAUCCUCAUUCAUGGCUCCGGCACCAACAAGACGAAGGGCUUCCGGAAGUCCAUCUCUUGCCACUACGCCUCAGGCAACAUGGAGUACAUUGACAUAGACAAGGGACAUGUCCAGUCCACCAUUGCAGACGAGGUGCUGGACCUGGCUCAGAAGAAAACAGGCCUGGAUCGGGACCAGAUCAAAUUUGCUGAUAUCUGGAAGUUCAAGAGUCGCCUGGUGAAAGGGGAAGACUGCAGCACUUAAAUCUAUCAACACAGAAAUGUAAACUGACAACUGAUAGACAGAGCUUUAAGUCCCUAGUUGAUUAAUUCUUGAAUUCUCGUACAUGGUACAUCUCCCGUUAAUCCCAUUGGCUUCGUCAUAUUGUUAACUUUGUAUAUUGAUCCUACCUUUAAUCCAAUUUAGGUACUCUCAUGAAAAAGACAUUGUUCACAAGACAUGGCACUAAGUGUGCAACAUUAGACAUAAUAGUAUUUAUACUGAUGGCCAAAGUAUGCAAUCAUGUGAUUUGUCUGUGAAAUAGAUGGCCUAUUGUCUGUGGAAGUUUCUGCUGUGUAUGUAACUAUAAUUCCACAACUAAGUAUUACCUUUGUCCUCCAUGAAAUCCCAACAAAGGAAGCCUGUGAACUUAUCAAGUUCGAGCAUGGCUUUGUCUUGACAGUCUGUAGACCCAUAGUACACUGUGUGUGUCACACAGCAAGAUGGUAAGGAUGUUUGUAUUCUGCAAGUGUUGAUUUAUGAAACAGCCUAUACCCAGGAUAAUGGAUUCAUGAAAAGAAAAUACUUGUUAUUCCAUUUGUACAAGUUUUAGUUGACUAAAGGCUGUGGACGUACAAUGUUGACAAGAUGAGUACACUGGCUUCUUGUUGAUCUGGUUGUAGAAUAUUGUUGAUAAUGUACAAAUAUGUCACAGAUUAUACAAAUAUGUCACAGAUUAUACGAUGUAUUAUCCCAGUCAUGUAAUUAAUGUAAUGUAAUUUUAUAAAUGAGAAAAUGACAUCAACUGAGUGUCUGUGAUUUGUAAAUAAAAUUAUUUGUUGAUGAGUA